AUGCCAAGAGGUGGAGCAAGAGGUGGCCACGCAAUCGCCGGCGCUGCGCUGCGCAGCGCUGGACUGGUCGGAGAUGGAGACGUGGGUAUGCGGGAUGCUGCUGGUCCAAGCAGGAGCAGAGCAGGAGGACCCGGUGGCAGGAAAGCGCAGCGAAAUGGUGGAGCCUAUUCACCCAAUUCAAAUGGGGCUGGUAGCUCCCUUCAGGGCCGCAUAGCGCGUCAGCGUGCCAAUCCGCUCGGCAAUCGCCCUCCAUCAAAGGGCAAGAAAGGUGCCAUCAACGUCAACGAUGGUCUUCGUGCUGGCAACGCCGCCGACACCGCUUCUGUCCUUAAAAGCAUCUCUUCACAACGAUCUCGAGCUCAAGGAGGUGGCCGCAUACCUGGCGGAGGUGGCAUCAUCUUUGCCGGGACUGACAUGCCUAAAACACAAAACGUAGUCUCACUCAUCAAACGCUUCCUCCAAUCACGGUGGAAUCCUCAAGCAAAGUUCUUGAAUCUCGAAAACAUGUCUGCUGAUCCCAUCCUUCAAGCCGAAGGCAUCAAACCUCCAGGUGUUGCUGGAGCACCCAAGGAGCUAGGUAAUGUCAUCUGGAAGCUCUGCUCAGAAAUCUAUCCCGACGUAGUCACAAUCUCGCUGGCAAACAACGGGUUCCGCAGUUUGGGUCCUGUUAGUUCAUUGCCAGCUUAUUUCCCGAAUCUUCAAAAUCUCUCGCUCGAAGGCAACGAGCUCAAAUGGACAAAAGAUCUCGACACGUUUGCUUCGAGAAAAAGCAAGCUCACCAACCUUAAGGAGCUUCUCCUCACAGGCAACCCAGUGCAUACCAGUGCGAUUGCCGCCGGAAACGAGGAGGGAUACCGACGCGAAGUGCUGUCCAAGUUCCGCCAACUCACACUUCUGGAUCAGAAGCCAGUCACACCCACUGAGUCGGGCUUUGUCAAUUUGCAGUCGUCAACCAAAUCCAAGAAGGUCGACGCCGAUGCAGCACAAGUGCCUCUGCGCAACUUUCCUGUUCCCAACAAGCCUGGUUUCGUCGAUGCCGAAGCCGGUGCAAUCAUGCCAAACUUUCUCUCCAAGUUUUUCACGCUAUACGACUCGGACCGAAACCAGCUCAGCGAGGCGUACGCGCCUUUGGCCCAAUUCUCGUAUUGCCUCAACGUUGUUCCGCCUCCCAGGGCUCGUGCCGCCGGAUUUCUACACACCAUGCCCCACCAGAAGGAGCUCAACUUUGAUCGCUACCAGGACAAGGGCAACCGCAAUCUGAUGCGCGUACACACUCCAAAGGGCCGUCACUUGUCGCUCCACCACGGCGUCGGCUCGAUCCUUGCCAUUCUCAGAAAGCUGCCCAAGACGUCACAUCCUCUCAACGAUGCUUCAAAGUUUGUCGUAGAUGCGUGGGUACUUGCGAACAACGUGAUCGGCGCAAGGCUCAAGGGCGAGGGGCGUCCCGAGGCUCUGCUCUACAUCAAUGUGCACGGCGAGUACGCCGAAGCGCCAAGCCAAGGUAUUCGUUCCUUUGACCGAACUUUUGCCGUAGCGCCCGUGCCGCCCGACAGUACGGCUGCUGCAGCUGGCUGGCCUUGCGUCAUCCUAUCAGAUCAACUUGUGGUUCGUCACUACUCGAGCCCUUGCGCUUGGUCUCCCGACAGCCUGCCUACGGGUGAGGUGACGGCCGAACAGACGCAAGCUAUGCAAGCAGCGCAGCAGGGCGCACAAGCCGCUGCUAUGUCUCAGCCUGUCGCUGCUCCGGUUCCAGCUGCCGUGGUUGCCGGAGGGGCUGCCCUUCCGCCCCACUUGCAGAACCAAGCUCCUGCAGCAGGCAUUAACGAGCAGCAGCACGCCAUGUCUCUUCAAUUGGCCGCCCAGACCGGCCUCAUCUAUCCAUUUGCCGUACAAUGCCUACAGGAGAAUGGCUGGGACUACAAUCUCGCAUUGGCCAACUUUCAAACUUUGAAGGCGAGCAAUGCGAUCCCGCCACAGGCGUUUGCUCAACCAUGA